AUGGCGCCAACAUACAUCUACUACCGCGUAUACGACACAAACGGGGUCGUCAACGCCAAAUACACCCUCCCAUCCGAGAUCUCUAGCAGCACGACACUCGGGCGCAUCGUGAAGAGCUACAUCGCCCCCCCCUUCAACGUGGCCAACGUCAAACUGGGCAUCGCGCAGCACGAGGGGCACCAGGCCGUCUUCGAAGCCGCUGGCGCGCAGCUGUUCGCCGCCUCCUCCCAGGAAGAAGUCACCGAGAAGAACGGGCUGCUGAACGGCGCCGGUUUGAGUUUGACCAGUCCUCUUCAACUCAAGUUCGACGUAGCGCUCAAGCCUGCGCAAGGCCGAUUCCUCGGCAAAUGGCAGCGCAGCGAGAGCGGCAUCACCUCGAAUGACAAGUAUCACUACAAGUCGACGGCUCACUUCACGCUCCGAAAGACGCCCGGUGGCAAGAUCGUCGCCGAUGGCCACGAGCACUGGACCACCACCUACACAGGAUUUGCCGGCUCCGCCAACCCCAGCGAGAAGUCCCUCCCACCGCCCCUGCAAAACAAAUACGAGCUCACCGACUUCAAGGUCGGCGCGAAGUCUGGGAUCUCGUUCACGCGCACCGCCGCCUCCAGUGGGGUGACCUGGAAAGUGGCGGGAGACCUGAGUGCUGAUGGGAAGUGGUUGACGCUCACGGUGAAGCGCGUUGGGUCGGAUGCUCCGGUAUCGAGGGUGUUCAAGCGCGUUGUGUGA